GGGCCGCCGCCGCCGCUGCGGACAGGUGCCGCGCGAGCUCUCUCGGGUCACGGGCGGGGUCCUGGCGCUGGCUGGGGUCCGCGGAUCAGACGCACCGAGGGCGCGUGGUGAGGCUGUCCCGGCCCCGACAUGAGCAGCGUCUACCAGCAGCAGCCGCCGACCAACCCCAACUGGCCUGGCGAGCAGCCGGCCUACCUGCAGGGCGCCGGGCCGGGCGGCGGGCCGCCAUACGUGGCGCAGCCCAGCGGCGUGGGCCCGCCCAACCCGUACGCCCACUUCCAGGGUCAGCCGUACCCGGCCCAGUCGCCGACGCCGUACCCCGCUGGCCAGGGCUACCCCGGUCAGGGCUACCCGGGCCAGGGAUACCCCGGCCAAGGGUACCAAGGUCAGGGCUACCCCGGUCAGGGCUACCCCCAGGGUCAGCCGUACCCAGGGCAGGUGUACGGUCCCGGACAGCAGCCGUACCCGGGACAGGGCUAUCCGCCGGGACAGCUCCCUGGACAGUACGGCUACCAGGAGCGGCGCCAGAGCAACGACGGCCUGAGUAAGGCGGCGAUGUGCUGUGGUCUGUGCGCCUGCCUCUCCUGCUUCAACCCGUGCGAACUGAUCGGCUGUCUCACCGGGGGCUGCGACGAUAUCGGCGAUUAGGCGGCGAUGACGUCGGCGAGUGAGCGGCGGUGACCGCGGCGAGCGAACGACGGUGACGGCGGCGAGUGAGCGGCUUUGAUGGCGGCGAGUGAGCGGCUUUGAUGGCGGCGAGUGAGCGGUGAUGAUAUCGACAAAUAAGCGGUGAUGACCGUGGCGAGUAAGCGGAGAUGGCGCCGGCGAGUGAGCGGCGAUGACGUCGGCGAGUGAGCGGCUUCGACGGCGGCAAGUGAGCGGCUUUGACGGCGGCGAGCGAGCGACGGUGACGUCGGCGAGCAAGCGCUGUCAGCGCCAAAGCAACAGCGGGCCCUGGCCGGCUGCGGCGGAGAGUCCGCUGCUACUCUGGCGUGGCCAGGCGCGCUGUGCCCUGGUGGGGCGUCACAGCGAAUGGUGGCGCCGCCUUGUGCCCGUGGUUCGAUGGGGCCGUUGUGGGACACGCUGUUAGCCUGUUUGCCUCUGAACGUGACGCUGUAUUUUAGCCGACUCCGGACGUGAUUCUCCGGUGAAUUUUGAAAAAGCUGAGGAGGUGCACAUAAAAGGGUGGAUGCAUUUCCGCAAUUGAACGCAUUUCCGCAUCCAGGCGAUGAAGUCCGCCGCCGUAUCCAGUGUCAGCUCAUAAACGCACAUGAUAUAGGGCGGUAGAUACCAGACACGUCGUAAAUGAUUCGCAAUGCUGAAUGUAUGCGGGGAUAUGACCGAUGAGCUUGUAAGGGUGCAAGUUUGUGUCUAUAUUACUUUGAUAUUCUGUGACAGCCUAUAUGUUGCGAGAACUGCGUACCCAUGGGACAUUACGAGGGCAUCAUUAGUGAUUAGUGUUCGGAUCCUGCAGUUCUGCGGAUCCAAGCACGCGUCGUGCCGCCAUCUUCACGAAACUACACUUAUGUAACACGUUUGACCUACCCAGCCCAUUGCUCCCAUGUGGGAUAAGGCCUUUAGGAGAGUUGCAACAGACGUAAGCAGUGGGAGGGCGAUCGUUGUAUUGCUUCGGAAGUCCAAGUGCCGCUGCAGGCGAGGGCUGGCCUAUACCACGAGCUUUGGGGCGAAACACAACCUGCGUUUGCACCGCUGGGUAAUUAUGCGAUAUCCACUGCAUUUGUCUGUGAUUCGUUCGGAAACAACACGAUGCUGUGAAAUA